GGGACCCGGGCGGAGGGCACCCGCCGGCCCGGUACGGCGUCCGCCAUGGCGACGCGGCAGGCCGCUUCCAGCCCGGAGGAGGGCGGGCGGCGCCCGCGGGGGGACCCUGCGGCCGGAGCUGCGUCGCCGCCGGUGCUUCUGCUCCGCCACUUCUGCACGGUCCCCUUCCUCUGCUUCGGGGACGUCCGCGUGGGCGCGUCGCGGACGCGGUCUCUGGUGCUGCACAACCCGCACGGAGAGCCUCUGCAGGUGGAGCCGUCGCUGGUGCGCGCCGCCGCCCAGGGCUUCAGCGUCUCACCCAACCGCUGCGAGCUGAAGCCUAAAGAAAAAAUUACUGUUUCUGUUACCUGGACACCACUGAAAGAAGGGCGAGUGAGGGAGAUUGUGACAUUUCUUGUAAAUGAUUUUCUGAAGCACCAGGCUAUAUUACUAGGAAAUGCAGAAGAGCAUAGAAAGAAAAAGAGAAGUCUUUGGAAUACCAAUAAGAAGAUUCUGGCCUCUUCAAGACAUACUAAAAGGACUUCCAAAAACCAAAAUUUUAAUGAAUCAUUUAUUAUUUCACAAAAAGUUGACAGAAUUAGGAGCCCACUGCAGGCUUGUGAAAAUCUGACUAUGAGUGAAUGCUGUUCUCCAACAGAAAACAAUUCUUUAUCCCUUGAAGAAAACAAAAUACCCACUUCUUCUAUUAGCCCUGUUAAAGAAUGCCAGAGUGACACUACUUGCUUGCCACAGUUUUUCUCCAGGUCUACUGCCUAUUCAUCUCUUCAUGCAUCUGAAAAUGCACAACAUUUAAAAGUACAAGAUGCCAGUGUUUCAAAAGAUUUUAAUUUUAAUGAGGAAGUCACAAAUGAGACUUUUUUAAAUCCUGUUGGUGACCAAAGUGAAGGGGAGAGUAAAUUUACUCUUGCCCCAAGCUGUUCUUCACCUUUGAAUGUUACACAUAGCCAAAUAAAUUUUCUAAGUCCAGAUUCUUUUAUAAAAAACAGCUGUACAUCUGAUAACGGCCUAGGAUUAAAAAGAAAUGUCUCGUCAGAUACAUUUAGGACCGAUCACUCAGACUCUCUGUGUUUGGAAUCCCAAACUGUACAUAAAGUUUAUCAAACAAUCUUAAGCCCAGAUUCUUUUUUAAAUGAUAAUUAUGGACUUAAAAAAGGUCUAAAAUCAGAAUCAGUCAAUCCCAUUUCACCUCCAACACAAUUUGUAAAGGAUAACAUGGUAUGUGUAGGUCAGCAAACAUGUAAGUUAGCAGCAGUAUCAAGUAAAUCUCAUCAGGAUUGGAGAAUAAAUGAAGGGUUGGCAUAUAACUCAGAGUGUCAACAUUUAGAAACUCCCAAAGUCAGUUUUGAAAAACAAAGCCCUAUAGAAAUGAAGUCACAUAACCAUGGUUUUACAAAACAAAAUUCCAAUAUUUCUGAGUUUCAAGAUGCUUCUCUGUGUAACCAGAGUGAACAACCGAAGAGACGCCCAAUUCUUUCAGCCACUGUUACCAAGAGGAAGCCCACUAAUGCCAGAAAACAGCUACCUGAGAUUGAUAAACCAAACACAAAAAGAUGCCUUAAGGAUAUAGUAGGUGAAUGUGGAAAAGAAAUGGGUGACUCAGAAGAGAAAGGCUUUCAUUCUUAUCUUCCAGUUGUGAAGCCAGUAAUGAGUAAACGUCAGAGUUCUAAGAAUGAGGUAACACCCUCAACCAUACUUUCCUCUGCUCCUAAAAGAAAGAGCAGUGGAACUAUGGAAGACACAAGUGGAAAGCUGGCUGUUACAGAACAUGCAGAGGUGUGUGAAAUUAAACGAAUCCAUUUUUCUCCUCUCAAAUCUACACUAUCAACUAUUGCAAGAACCAAAAGGAAAGAAGCACUUGCCCCAAGGCGUAUUAGCAGCUCAGAGAAGUCAAGCCUGAGGAAGAAAACUGAUUCAUUAGUUUUAAAAACGCCUCUUUCUAAAACAAAGAAAAGGACACGACCUGUUGUUGGAGUAGCACAGUCUCAUCUGACCUUUAUAAAACCAUUAAAAGCAGCUAUUCCUAGACACCCAAUGCCAUUUGCUGCAAAGAACAUGUUUUAUGAUGAACGCUGGAAGGAAAAGCAGGAGCAGGGCUUUACCUGGUGGCUCAAUUAUGUAUUAACGCCUGACGACUUCAAUGUGAAAACAAGUGUUUCUGAAGUGAACACUGCCACCCUUGUUCUGGGAGUGGAGAACCAACAUAAAAUAAGUGUCCCAAAAGCCCCUACAAAAGAUGAAGCGUCUCUCCGAGCUUACACAGCCAGCUGCAGGCUGAACAGACUACGUCGUACAGCUUGCUCCUUGUUUACAUCUGAAAAAAUGGUUAAAGCUAUUAAAAAACUUGAAAUUGAAAUUGAACUUGGGCGGUUAAUUGUUCGGAAAGAUAGACACCUCUGGAAAGAUAUUGGACAACGCCAAAAAGUCCUGAAUUGGCUCUUGUCAUAUAAUCCUUUGUGGCUUCGAAUUGGCCUGGAGACAGUUUAUGGAGAACUUAUCCCUUUGGCAGACAACAGUGAUGUCACAGGGCUGGCCAUGUUCAUUCUGAAUCGCUUACUUUGGAAUCCUGAUAUAGCAGCUGAAUACAGACACCCCACUGUCCCCCUCCUGUUUCGAGAUGGUCACGAAGCAGCUUUGUCUAAGUUCACACUGAAAAAAUUACUGUUGUUGGUCUGUUUCCUUGACCAUGCUAAACUUUCCAGACUUAUUGAUCAUGAUCCUUGUCUGUUUUGUAAAGAUGCUGACUUUAAGGCUAGUAAAGAACUUCUUCUAGCCUUUUCACGAGAUUUCCUAAGUGGUGAAGGCGACCUUUCUCGUCACCUUAGCUUAUUGGGAUUACCUGUGAGCCAUGUUCAGACCCCUCUUGAUGAAUUUGAUUUUGCUGUUACGAACCUUGCUGUGGACCUGCAAUGUGGGGUGCGCCUUGUGCGAGCCAUGGAACUUUUGACACAGAACUGGAGUUUAUCCGAGAAACUUAGGAUUCCUGCAAUAAGUCGAGUUCAGAAGAUGCACAAUGUUGAUAUUGUUCUUCAGGUCCUCAAAUCCCGAGGAGUUCAACUGACUGAUGAACAUGGAAACACUAUCUUGUCUAAGGACAUUGUGGACAGGCACAGAGAGAAAACACUGGGGCUGCUUUGGAAAAUAGCAUUUGCUUUUCAGGUGGAUAUUUCCCUUAAUUUAGACCAAUUAAAGGAAGAAAUUGACUUUCUAAAACGUACGCGCAGUGUAAAGGCAGCAAUAGCUGCACUGACAUCCCAUUCUCAAGCUGUUGCUAAUAAGCAAAAAGACAAAAGGAACAGUGGGUCCUUUGAACACUAUGGUAACAAUGUGAAGCUAUUGAUGGAUUGGGUAAAUGCCGUUUGUGCCUUCUAUAAUAUAAAGGUGGAGAAUUUUACAGUGUCUUUCUCAGAUGGCCGUGUGCUGUGCUAUCUGAUCCACCAUUACCACCCGUGCUAUGUGCCUAUCGAUGCUAUAUGCCAGCGCACCACUCAGUCCGUGCCCUGCGCACAGACCGGUUCAGUGGUGUUGAACUCUUCAUCCGAAUCUGAAGGAAGCUGUCUGAAUCUGUCUCUUGAAGCACUGGAUCAUGAAAACACUCCAGACGUAUACAAAGAGCUUCUAGAAAAUGAAAAGAAAAAUUUUCACGUGGUGAGAUCUGCAGCUAGAGAUCUUGGAGGAAUACCUGCUAUGAUUCACCGUUCAGACAUGUCAAAUACAAUUCCAGACGAAAAGGUGGUUAUUACCUACUUGUCAUUUCUUUGUGCAAGGCUUCUGGAUCUCCGUAAAGAAAUAAGAGCUGCCCGACUUAUCCAGGCAACAUGGAGAAAAUAUAAACUAAAGAGAGACCUGAAACACCAUCAGGAAAGAGAUAAAGCUGCUAGAAUUAUUCAGUCAGUUGUUCUCAGUUUUCUAAGUAGACGAAGACUGCAAAAAAACGUCAGGGCAGCUGAAGUCAUUCAGAAAUGGUGGAGAAGAGUCACCGCACAAAGGAAGUUGCUGAUGCUGAAAAAUGAAAAACUAGCCAAACUUCAAAGGAAAUCAGCAUUGCUUAUUCAGGCUUGCUGGAGAAGAUACUCCACCAGGAAACAGUUUCUGAAGUUGAAAUACUAUUCAGUCAUUCUUCAGUCUAGGAUAAGAAUGAAAAUUGCGCUGACAUCUUAUAAACGAUACCUUUGGGCCACAGUUACAAUUCAGAGACGUUGGCGUGCCUGUUUAAGAAGAAAACAAGAUCAACAAAGAUUUAAAAUGCUGAAAUCUUCAUCCCUUGUAAUUCAGUUUAUGUUCAGAAGGUGGAAGCGACGCAAGUUGCAGUUACAAACCAAAGCUGCAGUCACGUUGCAGCGAGCUUUUAGAGAAUGGCAUUCCAGGAAACAAACACAAGAAAGAUCCGCUGUCGUGAUUCAGUCGUGGUAUAGAAUGCACAGGGAAUUGCAGAAAUAUGUUUAUAUUAGAUCUUGUGUUAUAGUCAUCCAGAGACGAUUUCGAUGCUUUCAAGCCCAAAAGUUAUAUAAGAGAAGGAAAGAUGCUGUCCUGACUCUCCAGAAACACUACAGGGCAUAUCAGAAGGGGAAGCUAGCACGCACCAACUAUUGGCAAAAACGAGCUGCUGCCGUUCGACUACAGGCUGCAUUCAGGGGGAUGAAGGCUCGCAAUUCAUACAGAUUGCAAAUUCAGGCUGCCUGUGUUCUUCAGUCCUAUUGGAGAAUGAGACAGGAAAGAAUUAGAUUUUUAAACCUUAAAAAGAUUGUUAUCAGAUUACAAGCACACAUAAGAAAACAUCAACAACUACAGAAAUAUAAGAAGAUAAAGAAAGCAACUAUUAUAAUUCAGACUCAUUUCCGUGCUUCUGUUUCAGCCAGGAAAGUUCUCGCAUCUUAUCAGAAAACACGGUCUUCAGUCAUUGUUCUACAGUCUGCAUAUAGAAGGAUGCAGGCCAGGAAAAUGUUUUGUCACACUUUAACUUCUGUUAUAAAAAUUCAGUCAUAUUAUCGGGCUUAUAUAUCCAGAAAGAAAUUUCAGAGCUUGAGAAAUGCUACAAUAAAGCUGCAGUCAAUUGUUAAAAUGAAACAAACACGCAAGCAGUAUUUACAGUUAAAAGCAGCUACACUAUUUAUCCAGCGGUGGUAUCGUUCUCAAAAAAUGGCUGCGCAAAAAAGAAAAGACUACACACAGAUGCGUGAAUCCUGUAUCAAAUUGCAAGCAUAUUUUAGAGGAUGCCUGGUCAGAAAGCAGAUGAGGUUGCAAAGCAAAGCUGCCACUUCUCUACAGUCUUAUUUCAGAAUGAGGAAGGCGAGGCAGCACUAUCUGAAGGUGUGCAAGGCGGCUGCUGUGAUUCAGAGUUUCUACCAUGCCUACAAAGCACAAGUCUGUCAAAGGCAGGACUUCCUGCGGGUCAAAGGAGCAGCUAUCUGUUUGCAGGCAGCUUACAGAGGCUACAAAGUACGCCAGCUGAUCAAGCAGCAGUCUACAGCUGCUGUUACAAUUCAGAGAGUUUUUAGAGGCUACAAUCAGAGGAUGAAGUACCAAAAUGUACUUCAGUCUGCUGUGAAGAUUCAGAGAUGGUACAGGGCAUCUAAGAUUGCUAAAGACAUGAGAACACGAUUCCUAAAGACAAGAGAGGCUGUGCUUUCUCUCCAGUCCGCCUACCGUGGCUGGCAAGUUCGACAGCAGCUCAGGAGGGAGCACCAGGCUGCAGCGAAGAUCCAGUCUACUUUUAGAAUGCUCUUGGCCCAGAGGCAGUUUAAACUAUUACGAACAGCUGCAGUAGUCAUCCAGCAGCAUGUCCGGGCAUGGGCUGCAGGAAAGAGGCAGCGCUUAGAGUACCUUGGACUCCGUCAUGCAGCUCUGGUGUUUCAGGCUGCAUGGAAAGGGAAGAUGCUGAGAAGACAGAUUGACUGGCAGUACAAAUGUGCUGUCCUCAUACAGUCUUAUUACAGAAUGCAUAUUCAACGAAGGAAGUGGAAGGUCAUGAAAAUGGCUGCUCUUCAGAUUCAGGUGUAUUACAGGACUUACAAAGCUGGAAAAGAACAGCGCUUUUUAUAUCUGAAAACAAAAGCAGCUGUAGUAAUUUUGCAGUCAGCUUACCGUGGUAUGAAAGUGAGAAAACAAAUUAAAGAAUACCACAAAGCAGCAGUCACCAUACAGUCUAAAUUUAGAGCCUACCAAACCCAAAAGAAAUAUACAAACUAUAGAGCUUCAGCUAUUAUAAUUCAGAGAUGGUAUCGGAAUAUUAAAAUUACAACCAUGCAUCAUCAGGAAUAUCUUAACUUAAAGAAAGCAGCAAUUAAAGUUCAGGCCACUUUUAGAGGCAUCAGAGCAAGAAGACAUGUUCAACACAUGCACAUGGCAGCCACGCUUAUUAAAGCCAUGUUUAAGAUGCAUCAGUCCAGAGUAAGAUACCACAGGAUGAGAACGGCAGCUGUUGUCAUUCAGGUGAAAUACAGAGCAUGGUGUCUAGGUAAAGUUCAACGUGAGAAGUACCUGAGAACUUUGAAGGCUAUUAAAACUCUUCAGGCUGGUGUCAGAGGAGCAAGAGAUAGACAGACUAUAAGAAAGAUGCAGAUGGCAGCCACACUCAUUCAGUCACACUUUAGAAGAUACAGACAGCAAACAUAUUUUCAUAGGUUGAGGAAGGUGACAAAAAUGAUUCAACAGAGAUACCGAGCAGUGAAAGAAAGAAACAUUCAGUUUCAGAGGUACAGUAGACUGAGGCAUUCUACAAUACUCAUUCAGGCUGCCUUUAGGGGACUGAGAACUAGGAGACAUUUGAAAGCAAUGCAUUUAGCUGCAACUCUUAUUCAGAGGAGAUUCAGAACUCUACAGAUGAGAAGAAAGUUCCUCAUUCUCAGGAAAACUGUUAUUUGGAUUCAGAGACAAUACCGUGCAAGAAUUCAUGCAAAGUAUUAUCAACAACAAUUACUGUUAGAAAAGGCAGUUACUAAGAUCCAGUCUUUAUACAAAGGAUGGGUGGUAAGAAAAAGGGUGCAAAAGAUGCACAGAGCUGCAACCGUUAUUCAGGCCACCUUCCGAAUGCACAGAGCCUGGGUGAGGUACCAGGGUUUAAAGCGGGCAGCAGUUGUGAUCCAAAAGCAAUACCAAGCAUACAGAGCUGAAAAACUGCAGAGUCAGCUUUUCAAACAGAAACAGGCUGCUGUGAUCCUUCAGGCUGCCUUUAGGGGGAUGAAAACCAGAAGUCACCUGAAGACUAUGCAUUCUUCUGCAACCCUUAUUCAGAGUAAAUAUAGAGCUCUCGUAGCAAGGAGGAGAUUCAUUGCUCUCAGAAAAGCUGCUGUAUUUGUUCAGAGGAAAUAUCGAGCCACCAUUUGCGCCAAGCAUAAAUUGCACCACUUCUUGCAGUUACGAAAGGCAGCCAUUACAAUACAGUCAUCUUAUCGAAGACUGAUGGCAAGAAAGAAGUUACAAGAAAUGCACAGGGCUGCAGUUCUCAUCCAGGCUACUUUUAGAAUGCACAGAACAUAUGUUAGAUUUCACACUUGGAAACGUGCCUCAAUUACAAUUCAGCAGCAUUAUCGAACAUACAGAACUAUAAAACUACAAAGAGAAAAACUUAUCAGACAGUGGAACUCUGCUGUGGCCCUUCAAGAUGCACACGAAAGAAUGAAAGCCAGCCAGCUUGUAAAAGAACACAGUGCCGCUGUCAUAAUACAAAGCACAUACAGGAUGCACAGGCAGCAUUGUCUCUACCAGCAGCUACGGUGGGCUGCAAAAGUAAUACAAGGAAAAUAUAGAGCAAAGAAAAAGAGACAGCAAGCUCUUCUACCCAGUGCAUGUGAGGAAGAAACAACUCUUCUUCCGGCGCAUUUUCAGGGUUUGAACAUUACAGAACAAGUUCAGCAGCAGCAUGAAGCUGCCCUGACUAUACAGAAACAUUUUAGAGCCUUUAAAAUGAGGAGGCAAAUGGAGUCUGAGAGAGGCUUCCAGGCUGUAUGGAGAACGUAUAAAGCUAAGAAAUACUCAUCCAAAGUGGAAGCUGCCUGUAGGAUUCAAGCUUGGUAUAGAUGUUGGAGAGCACGCAAGGGAUAUGUAGCUUUAUUAAAAGCUGUUAAAAUUAUUGAAGGUUACGUCUGUGCUAAGCUGGAGAGAAUGAGGUUCUUGAAGAUGAGAGCAUCAGCAAUUAUAAUUCAAAGGAAAUGGAGAGCUACACUCUCUGCAAGAGUAGCUCACAAGAAUUUGAUUUUAAAAGUUUCAGAACAAAGAGCCAAAAUUCGACUUCUCCACUUUACAGCAGCUGCUUACUGUCACAUGUGUGCGUUUAGAAUCCAGCGAGCCUAUAGGUUCCACAUGGCUGUGAAGAAUGCUACGAAGCAUGUGAAUUCAGUCGUCUUUAUUCAGAGAUGGUUUCGAAGAAGACUACAACAAAAGAGGCUUAUUGAACAGUAUCAUAAGAUCAUAAAAACUGAACGUGAAGUUCAAGAAUGUCAGCUCCGGCAGAAUAAGGCUGCAUCUGUGAUACAGAAGGCUGUACGCCACUUUCUCCUUCGCAGAAAACAGAAAAAAAUGAAUAACAGUGCCACAAGAAUUCAGGCGUUAUGGAGAGGCUAUUCUUGGAGGAAGAAAAAUGAUCACACAGAAAUUAAGGCUAUUCGGUUAAGCCUCAGAGCUGUCAGUAAGAACGUUGAGGAGGAGAACAAGCUCUACAGAAGAACUGCACGUGCGCUUCAUCAUCUGCUGACGUACAAACACUUGUCUGCUAUCCUGGAUGCUUUGAAGCACCUGGAGGUUGUUACCAGAUUAUCUCCACUUUGCUGUGAGAAUAUGGCUGAAAGUGGAGCGAUUUCUACAAUCUUUGUUGUCAUCCGAAGCUGUAAUCGUAGUGUCCCCUGUAUGGAAGUCGUUGGCUAUGCUGUUCAAGUAUUGCUGAAUGUGGCAAAGUAUGAUAAGACCAUCUCAGCAGUUUACGAUGCUGAAAACUGUGUGGACACACUGCUGGAGCUUUUGCAGAUGUACAGAGAGAAGCCUGGUGACAGAGUUCCUGAGAAGAGUGCAAGCAUUUUCACAAGAACUUGCUGCUUACUAGCGGUGCUCUUGAAGACAGAGCAUUGUGCUUCUGAUGUACAUAGUAGAUCAAAAGUCAUCGAUCGUAUUUAUCGUCUCUACAAAUUUACAGUUCCUAAGCAUAAAAUAAAUAAAGAAGGGUUAUUUGAUAAGCAGAAGCAGAAUUCCUGGACUGGCUUUGCUUGUAUAUCAGAAAGAUCUGUGAAGAGCAGAAUAAUUUCGAGACUUAAGCCACAGUGGGUUUUAAGGCGUGAUAAUAUGGAAGAAAUCACAAAUUCAGUGCAAGCUAUUCAACUGUUGAUGGAUACCCUUGGCAUUCCGUAUCAGUAAAUGGAAACAUUUUCACUGUGGGACUGUAAAAAAAUUACACCAAUCAUGAAUACAUGGAGCAGUUUUUACUGUCAGUGUAAACUGUUUAGAUAUGACUUUGUAUAAAAAUAAAAAUGUAUAUAUUACAUGCUACUAAAUUGUUUAAUAAAACCU